CAAAAACGGUCUCAUAACGGCUCGGCGUCGAGGAUGAAGAAGGCGGCGGCCAAGGACAAGCCGCCCAAAAAGUCGGUGGCCGAGGUGCCCAAGGCUGCCGAGAUCGCGCCCAAGGCAAAAGCCAAGGCCGAGUCUGCCAAGGCCACAAAGGAGGCGCCUGCCUCUGCCAAGUCCCACCGCGACUCGGUGCCGUUCGCUGCCAUCGACGACGAAGCCGUGCCAAAGGCGGUGCACGUGGCCGAGGCCACAGAGGACGUGGUGCUCUCGGUGCUCGACAUUGUGGUCGCUGAAACGAUGGCCGCCAUUCCGCACCACGAGCGCGUCGGACGAUGUGUGACGUUUACGGUCGAUGCCAUGGUCACGCUAGCCUACGCCACCGUGCACAUGGGCUGCGACGUGACGUACGAUGACGAGCUUUCGUGGAUCGGGUCGCCCGAGCCCGAGGUUUGCGCCGGCCCCAUCGACCGCUACGCUGUUUUGUCGCUGCCACGCAAAGACAUGAGCACGCGACCGCCCAAGCACUUUGCGAGCACGGGCGACGGCACGCGCAGCCUCUCGCGUACGCACUCGGAGCGGUCGAUCUCUCGCACGGGCAAGCGGCCUUUGGCGCUCGGUGCCGCGGCACCACCCAUUGAAGUUGCCCCCGCGGCCGCGCCCAAGGAGAUACCCCGCGUCACACGUGUGCACUACCCGUCCGAAGUCAUGACCGAGGACCGACGGCGGUGGCGGCAAGAAUGCAUGGACCGGUUGGCGGCCACGGCACAGACCAAGUCCCGCUGGGGUCGUGUGUCGUUGAUUCGGCGCGUGAUCAAUACGAUCCAGACCGACCCCGAUAGCAUCACCGAACUCGACACGAGCGCGGCACCGCCACCGACGGCACUCGAGAUGACGGCAGUCGCAACCGUCCUCGAGCGCAACCAGCCAGACGACACAGCAUCCCUGUAUAUACCGACGGCGCGUGAAAGUAUGGUGCUGGACGAAGCGUCGGUGAAAGGCGACGACGUAUCGGUCAGGACGGUGCGGCAUGGGAAGAGCCGCCUGCACCGGUCCGGGUCGCUCGAGUCACCGCAUGUCAAGAAGCCGCCAAAAGCGGCCAACUGGUUCUACGACAAGACCGCCACGGAAAACGAACUCAAAGAGACCGAGCAGGCGUACGAGCCGCUCAUGUCGGAAUUCCAGCGCGACAAAUUCCCGCAGUCGAUCGAGCUCAACGCGGGCGUGACGUUGAUCCACGGGGUCUCGGUGUACACGGGGCCGCACCGACAAGAAUCGCCGCACUCCAUGUCUCGAAAAGGCUUUCGGAAACACCUGAGUUUACCGCAAAGUGGGCCCAACAAGGUCAAAUUGACGUCGCUCUCGUCGGCGUCGCCCACGUUUUCGGAAAUUCACGAUACGGACGCAAGCCCAAACGCGUCCCCACGAUCCGAAUUCUCGCUCCACACGACACCGCGAAGAAGUUCCCUCAGCUCAAAUCGACCCAACCUCAAUUCCCCCGAAUCCGUCAAAGUCCGACCGACCAAGACGCCGCUCCAUCAACACAGCCCUGCGAUCCGCGUCCGCGUGUCGCCCAUGAAGGCCGACACACCCAACGCUCGGCCAUCCGUCCGCGAGCAAUACGUCACCCACGGCGACUCGGUUGGUGUCUUGGACAUCCCAAAGAAGCGACCUGCCACCGCACUCGGCGCGCUACUGAGCCUCGCACCCCAGACAACCUCCAUCAAGCGAUCGACGAAGUCCAAGUACCUUCGAGAAUUUCCGAAGCCCAAGCCCGAAGUUGUCACUGUGCUCAAAGACGAGCCGCAGCGGAUGGCAUGGCUUGGCUAAGGCCGCUUAUCCUAACUUUAAUCCGACCUAUUGCAGUUUUAGUGCUAGUAGACUCCGACGAGCAACUAAAGCAAAAUAGCCUCGUCGAACGCACUGCAC